AUGCCGGCGUCUUCCGUGCUUUGUUCACACCCUUCAGGUCAUCGAACGGGUCCGGCACGAGGCCCUCGCACACUCUGUCGUGCGAAGGGCAGUCGGGCUUUAACUGUCAUGGAAGAGGUCGAGGAAUGGAAGAACCGUCCGAUGGAGGCCACCGUUCUUCAAGAGGGCCUGGAGAUGGAAAGGCGCUUUGGUAGACCUUAUUUCGACGAGAAGCGGGGCAUCGGAAAGGUGUGUGACUGGCUGCCGCACCGGGGCUUUGGUUACUUGCUCUGCGGCUCGCCACCCGAGAAAAUCAUCUUUCGGGCGAGCGACGUGCCGAAAGACUACCUCGCCUCGAAGGGUGGCAAGGUGCCCAUGGAGGCAGAUGUCGAGUUCAAUCUCGCUGGCACCUGGAGGGGAAGGAAGCGAGCGAAAGACCUGGUCUUUCCCAUGGCCGGGACCUUCGCAGAGCUUGGGCUGAAGCCCGAGGUUAUCGAAGGAGCAGCGAACUCGCUCGGCCUCGACCCCCGUGAGAACCCGGAAGCUCCAGCGCUGCUGAAUCCAGCGCCUGUCCAGCAAGAAGCCAUCCCCUAUAUCCUGAACGGUGACAACAUUGUCAUCGCUGCGGAGACCGGAUCGGGGAAGAGCCUCGCGUACAUGCUGCCGAUGGUUCAGAUCAUUCGUGGAAUGGCGCAGGCCAGGAACAUGGACUACGGCUUGGCGUACCGGGCUGGCUGUCCCCUGGCUCUCGCCAUCUGCCCCACCCGGGAGUUGGCGAUACAGGCCUACCGGACCCUGAAGUUGAUCAGCCAUCACGCCAAGUGUCGGGUUCGGCUCGUCCAUGGCGGCUCCAUGACUUGGAGGAAGCAAAGGCAGGAGAUCUCGCAGGUCGUGGACAUCCUGGUCUGCACACCUGACAGGCGGCAGCCUGCCCAUGAGCCAUAUCAUGGUGGUGCAGAUUUCGUGCAGGCGGUUGUCGAAAGUUUUGGAGAACCUGUGCUCAACAGUUCACUGAGAGAGGUCAUCUACGCGGUUCGCAGCCAUCUGGCCCGAGCGGCGAAUCCUUCUGUCGCCGAGAGGUCAUCUGACGGGAGGCUCCAAGACAUGCGCCGCCGCCAUGCCCAGGUCAUGCAGAGACUGCCAGCAGCCGGUCGGACGGCGGCGCCGCCGUCUGCAGCAAAGGGUACGGGGUUGUUUACAGCAGAGCAGGCGCAGGCAGCGUUGCCUGUGCCGACGAACCCACCGGCGAGCGAAGACGAGGAGGAAGGCUACGAUUUCGGUAUCGAAGAGGUGGUGCAGCCAGAAUUUGAGCUUGAGCGACUGCGGAAGGAGCUUGAGACAGUCAGGGCCACAGCCUCCGCUGAGACCUUGGCCGCGGCGCGCAAGGAGCUGCUGAAAGAGCGGCAGCGGUGGGAGGCUGAACGUGCGGAGCUUCAGCGCAGCCUGGAGGAAGCCGAGCGGAAAUCCGAUUCGAAAGACGCCGAAGGCACAGCCCAGCUCGACCUAUUGUCUGCCGGUCAGUGGCUGGCGCAGCUCCUGCCGCCUCCGGCGGAGAGCCGAAAGUCUCCAGAGGUUUCGCUGGACUUGGCGGGUGCCUGGACCCCCCUGGCACAACAGCUUCCGCAGCGGGAAAGAGGGUGUGUGCACUCCCUGCACUUCGGCGUGUUCUUCGGAGAUGACAGGCAGACUCCGCUGAAGCUGUCGUCUGCGCGGCUAUGUCCGGAGGCACUGUCUUGGGCUCCUUCCACCAGCAGCGAGGCUUCUGUCGCAGGAAGCAGCAUCGACAGGCCAGCCCUUCAGGCAGACCUGUGUAGUGCGCACGAGCGCUUUCUUGCUGACGUCUUCUUGCCAUGGGCAAAGACGCAGGAAACCUCGGAGCGCCGGAGCGUGGCUUGGCUGCUGUGCAACGACGGCGAGGCCUUCACCCUUGGCCAGGCGAUGCUGGCUUUUGGGAAGGCUCUCGGAUCCGACGAGAGGUGGCGCGCCACGGUCCUCGUCGUAGACCGAGCCAAGUCCAACGAGUCCGAGCCGGCCGUGGAGGCCCUGGCGCUUGCCGAGGGUGAGACCCAAAAAGGCAUGAAGCAAGAGCGACCGGAUUUCGGUCGAAUUCGGUUGCUGAAAUUCUACAACUCCAAAGACAUUCGGCUGGAGGAGAUCGCGUACGUUGCCAUUGACGAGGCGGACUUCCUUCUCACCCAGGGCUUCGAUGACUUGUACAAAAUCCUGGACCUAGUGGACCAGGAUUCGAGGCCAUGGCGUGAUGCUAUCUCGAAGCCAGCAUGGGCAGUGAUCGAGCUUACUCCUUCCGCAGGCACAAGCGUCAGAUGCGCUACUCCUUGA